AUGAUGGGUCUCUUCAGUCAAGCCGGCUCUCAUUUCCGAAAUGUUGCAGGCAGUAACACGAAGCCUCGAGGCUCUUCAGAAGAUGACAGGGCUCCUUCGGACACCGAGCCUGAUGAUACUUCGAUCCUCGAUGAGAAUGAAGGAAGCAUCAUUUCUUCGAUGAUUUCCCAACUCAGAGUUGGGAUGGACCUUUCUCGUGUCACUUUUCCAACUUUCGUGUUGGAACCAAGGAGUAUGCUCGAAAGAAUUACGGAUUUCAUGGCACAUCCGGACCUCAUAUUCGGCGCUGAAGAAUGUGAUGACCCCGAAGAACGAUUCCUGCGAGUCCUUCAAUACUACUUGGCAGGAUGGCACAUCAAGCCUAAAGGUGUCAAGAAACCUUACAAUCCUGUACUUGGCGAAUUUUUCCGGUGUCAAUACGAUUACCCCAACAACACACAAGGAUUCUAUAUCGCCGAACAAGUUUCACAUCAUCCACCAGUAUCUGCUUUCUUCUACAUCUCUCCCGAAAAUCGCCUCAUGAUUCUUGGAGAACUCCGUCCCAAAUCAAAGUUUCUUGGUAAUAGUGUCAGUACAACAAUGGAGGGCGAGAAUAGAGUCACACUGCUCGGCAAACCGGAGGACGGAGAAUAUGUCAUUACAAUGCCGAAUAUGUACGCUCGAGGGAUACUGUUCGGCAAGAUGGUGCUGGAGCUGGGGGAUACCUGCAUAGCCAAGAAUGAGAAGAAUGGCAUUUACUGCGACCUUGAGUUCAAGACAAAGGGUUUCUUUUCAGGAACUUACAAUGCGAUUGCUGGUCGGAUCCGGCAUAAGAACAAUGACGUCGGGGAAUUAUCUGGGCGAUGGAGUCAUGUCAUGGAUUACAAGAAUACCAAGACUGGUGCCAAACGGGUGAUAUUCGACGCGGUUAAAGACGGACAAGCCGUAUCACCGAAGUGGGUUCCACCUGAAGAUCAACAAGAGCCUAAUGAGUCUAGGAGAUUAUGGACCCAGCUGACACAAGCGAUCAUCGCCAAGGAUAUGGAGGCUGCUACGGACGCCAAAUCCGCAGUGGAAGAUGCACAGCGAGAGUCACGUAAGAAGCUAGAUGAGAGUGGUAAAGCACAUGUGCCGCGUUUCUUUGUGCAGAAGGACGGUAGAUGGGUACCAAAGCUUCAAAUCCCCGAAGAUCCCAAGGAAGCCACCGCCGCUGUACGGCAGUGGAUUUUUGGAUCCAUUACCCGGCCUGACGAAAAAGCAUCCACUUAG